AUGAGUGAGCAGGAGAGGGAGACAGAGGAGGAUGAGGGAGGGGGCGCUUCAGACACGGCACCCAUGCUGCCCCGAAGGCUUCCUGACCGCCAGGCCUCAGACCUGAUGUCCCCAGGGUGGGCAGGCCUGGCUGCCCAAGGCCUGGGGGUCCUGCUGCUGCCGGGUCGGGCCCUGGCUGGGCUCGUUCUCCAUCUGCUGCUGCCCGCAGCCGUGUUCCUGCUGCUGCUGCUGCCCGCAGCCACCACUGUGUACCUGGGAUUCCUGUGCCACUCGAGGGUCCACCCGGCGCCCCGCCCCGCGUGCCGCGCGCUGCUGUCCGACCGCGGCUCCGCGGCGCUCAUCGUGUCGGGAUUCCUCUCGCUGCCUCCGCUGCUGGUGCUCGCCUUGGCCGCCCGCUCCCGCCUGGCCCGACGCCUCCGCUCGCUGCUGCCGCCCCCGACCUGGAGUCCCGGACCCCGCCGCCACCCCGACGGGGAGGAGCAGCUCUAAUCCCGGAGUUUGGCCUCAGCCCUGGGCCCCUCACUGGGCAGGGCCUAUGGGGACAGCUGUAUGCCCAGCAUGAUCACACUGGACAGGCCUGAACCAGCCAUCCUCAGCUCCUAUGCCUCUUCCUCUAAGAAGCCAGGGACUCCAAACACUGAGGAGCCAAGGGCAGCGGGCCUAGGGAUGACCCAGCUUGGUGGCUCCCUGCUCGGCUCCUGGCUGGGGUCUGGGGGCAGGGGAUAG